AUGAAAAACUGUCCCAACAAUAGCAUCGUCAGCAAAGUAGUAGGAGCCGCAACCACAGCUCAAGUCAAUCAUCAACCGGCCGCCCAUUACAAUCUAAUAACUAAUCCUGCAGCAGCAGCUGUAGCUGCCGCAGCCAAUCUCAGCAACAGUCUUAUUUCACCACCAUCGAUUAUCACAAAUGCUAAUAAUGCAAUUAUCUUAGCAGCUCAUCACCAACAGCAAACGGCGACAAUUCACCAGCAUCACUCAUUCACACCUCACCAUCAUCAUCUGAUAACAUCAUCGCCGGUUAAUCCAAAUGCUCCAAGGGCAGCGGCUGCUGCCAAACUUUAUCAUCAACCAACAGCGACGAUCGCGAAUUCUUUGCUCGCAACACCUGUCAGUUCUACUGCUUCUUCCAGUACUUGUCAGUUACCAGUGCGAACGAUUACAGCCGUGGUUGGUGCAAUGACGACUAUUGCAACAUUAGCGUCCACUGCAGCCACAACCGUGCUAACUCCUUCAUCUUCCACGUCCGCCAAUGGAAUUGUUCCUCAAAGCAAUGGUAGUAGUAGUGAUAGUAAUAGUUGUAACAGCAGUAGUAACAGUAUUGCGGCCGCUGUCGCUGCUAUCAUCAACAGUAAUCUUAACUUUAGAAACCACAGCAGCAGUAUCUCUAGUAGCAACACAGGUGUAAAAGUUCCCAGCAUUAGUACUACCUGCAGUAGCGGAAAUGGUAGUAAUGUCGAGCAUAAUCAUCUCAAACACAAGAUGAACAGUGAAAAGGAAACAGAAGCAAAAGAGAUUACCAACGGUGAAGGGACCGCUAACAAUGUUCGGAAGAGAAUGAAACUGGAAAAUGGUGACAGUUGUAGGAAUUACUGCAUUGAGCUAGAAGGGACGGUAGCAACAACGACUACUCAAAUGACAACAACAACAACGAUAACGAGCAUGCCGUUGACUAACAUUGUCAGCAGCACGGACAAUUGUAAAAUCAAGCAGGAGAGAUGA